CGGACUUCAGAUCUACAAGCACUCACCAGAGCUUGGGUGGCUGAGAGGUGUGCGCCAGAGUUAUUGCCGUAUCCAGAAGAGCUUAUUGACAGGGUUAUGGAGAGGAUAAAAGUGCAGAUCGAGACCGUAGAAGACAUGACAGGAACAAUGGAUCCAUCAGCAAACUUCAACCUCAUCAUCACACAAACAGAACUCGAAAGAUUCAAAUUCCUGAUUCGCUCCUUCCUACGAGCGAGGAUAGCAAAGCUCGACAAAUACCCUCAUCAUCACCUUCCCUCCUCCAAUCUCUCAGCCACGGAAUCACAGUACUUGACCCACCGCAUAUCUCUCCUAUCCCAUCAUUUCAACACCUCGUUUCUCUCUUCGUUUCCCGCACAGUUGCAAAAGCUAGAUGAUACAGCAGGAGGUAUCUCUAUGGUGGAUGCGCCGGAUGCAGAUGCAGCUGUUUUUGUGAGGGUGCUGAGAGAUGCGGGACACGUGGAGGUACAAGGAGAGCAAGGCGUAGGUGUUGUAGAGUUGAGAAGAGGAGAUGUUUGGUGUGUGAGGUGGAGUGCGGUCAAAGAGGCUGUACUGAGGGGAGAUGUCGAGAUGGUAUGA